CGGGAAAUUAACAAAAUUAACCUCGUAAUAUUCGACUGUGCCAGAGACAUCAAACUUCGUCCUUCGGCUUUAGCUUAUAUUUCACAAACUUGACAUGUCCAUAGUUUAUUGCCCACAAUACAGAGACAAAACAUGGAUCGCUAUGUAUUAGUUUUGUGUACCGAUAUCAUCAGUGAAGACAGUACACUGCUACCUGCUGUGCUGCAGAAGCUUACAGAAGACGCCAGCAGAUAUAAAGAAAUUACCAUCACUACGUAUUUUGGAGAGGCCUCCCAGCAAGUGUACACUGCUUUUGUCCACCCCCUCUCUGGUCAAGAUGGACGCCCUAUAGCUGACCACAAGCAACAACAGACAAAGUCCAACUCUGAGAAUGUCAAAUGGGAGGCUUUUACGAACACUGACACAUUCUGUAAGACACUUCAAGAAAUGUUACACGGAAAACAGACAAAUUGCCCAGCUGCACAGAGUGAAGACACUGAUUUAAUGGCAGAACAACUUCACCUAAUGGCAGAUGCUCUGCCAUACACAGGUUUCUUGCUGGACAUCAUUUGGUUUGGGAAUGUGAAUUUCAGUAUUGAAUCCAACCUGGGACUGUAUGGUGCUUUACAAAGACUUGUUACCUGUCACCAUGGGUUUGUAACACUGUUGUAUGAAAAUAUCCUGUCUGCAGAAGGCUGGGCCUGGGUAGAGGCGUUACAGGGCACUUCUUGCUCAAUAGGUGGCAGCACUCGCUUGCUCGUGGAUACGCUAUGGAGGGGAAGUGUGACAUUUCACAAUACCAAGACAGGAGACACCCUCAGCGUACCAAACCUGUCACUGAGUCCCACGACAGGCUCGGUGUUGACUGGUCAGUACAGUAUACAUGUAGUACAGAGUGACCAGAAAGUAAGUGACCAGAAAGGACAACAUUAUGGGACAGUGAGCAGGAGAAAGAAGCGACAGCCUCCAGUUCUGGCCAUGUCUCCGCAUCUGGUUUUCCUGGAUGAAGUAUACCUAGGUGACGUUCCCACAUAUGUCUUGUCUAACAGCAAGUUUAAACUAAGUUUAAUGUCCAAAAUUUCUGAUGCCAACUCUUCUUCUCAGGCAUUUCUAGAGAGGAUCAAUAAAAGAAAAGAGUUUGGUACAAUAGUACGUCUGACCUUUGGCCACAGUACUGACCCCCCCAUUGAUGACCUCAGAGUGGACACCCAGACCUGGAUGAACAGAGUCAUCAACAACGUGACAGCAGAAGAUAGCAUAGUCAAACUGUCAGGCAGCACAGACUAUCACAACUUCCUCCUGUUGUCUGCAGAGGAUGGGUCAUCCUGUAGCCACUCAGCAGACGACACUCUUAAUAUGGACCAUUGCUUUGCUUACUUGAUGAAAAAACCUGCAGACAUCAAUGGAGCAAUUGUAGACGAUUUAAUUAAAAUAGACAGGCAGAUGAAUCGCAAGCAGAAUGAAGAUAACAAAGCUAAGGAAAAAAUAUCAGAUACUUUAGGGACUGAAAUAAACUUUGCAAAUGCAUUAAGGAAAAGUGGAAUUAUUCAAGAUGUCAGAAAAGUGGCUGGUAAAAGUUCCCAGACAGGAAGAGGAAUUACCCACAAUGUCAAGACACCAGAUAAUGAAAGUGAAAGCAAAACUGGGUCAUACUGGUUGAUUUCACCUGAAAUUGAACAACAUGUGAAAGAAUUGUUAUCGGGGCAGCCCAAGUAUUCUCCGGAUUCACUGGUCAAAAUUGAAACCAAGAUAGCGGAUGCACAGGCUUCAGUGUUGAAACAGUGGAUAGAGUUCAGACAAGCAGAAGGACAGUCAACAAAAAUGGCUUAUUCCGAGCUGUUACAGCUGCUCUCUGAAGUGAGAAAACAGUGUCUCAGUAUUAUCAGCCAGCAGUGUGUCUUCCCCAGGACAAGUAUUAAAGAUGUGAAACUUCUUCCCAAAGACUCAUUCUCAGAGUUGGCUGUGGAACCAGACCAGUGGUUAGAGAGAGAAGCUCUGCUCCAUGUUGAAGACACUGUGAAGAAGAUCCAGAGAUACAAGUCUACAGACAGUCUGGGGGGACUCAUGCCACCUGCCAAAGAUGACUCUGUGACAUUAGAUGUGAGUGAAUUCCUGAAAUAUUUCAAGGCAGAUGGCAGCAGUGAAGCAGACAACCUGAAGCCAGUACAUUUUGGUAGAAGUAAGCAGUCACACCAGGUCGAUGGGUCACUGGACCCUGACGCAGUGUCCACUAUGAAGUGGCCAGAGGUGAAGAGGAGAUGCUUCCAUGAUAUGUAUUACAACAAUGAUGACACCACAGCAGAGAGGAAAGAACAGAAAGCAAAUCGUAUUCGGAGCAGAUAUAUUGGGAAUGAAACCGGGUCAACGUGCAAUGUCCAUCAGAGAAGUCAACCAGUCACCAUAGCUCAACUGACCAAUGCAGCUAAGAGAGAGAAAGAAAGAGACUUGAAGGAGCAAGAAAAGUUAUCAAAUGAUGUCGCCAAGAAAGGGAAAAGAAAGCAAAUUGGAGAAUCUACUCCUAGUGUGAAUAGAAAUAGUCUACAGUCAGUUAGACAGUCUGCAAGAAAGAGCAAAGAUGGCGCCUCCUUGGAAGAUCCUGUGCAGAUGUCUGCCAGAAAUAGAAAGAUACUUGUUCCAGUAAAAGCAGCUGAAAGAAAGAAGGCUGUGAAUCAACCAAAGGAUGCAAGAAGAGGAGAUUGUGGUAGAGAAGAGGUAGCGGCACAACCCAAGAUGUCUGCCAAAGCCCAGUCAUCAUCCCAGCCAGUCAGUAGAGAGUCCAGAUCAGAGAGACACAGGCGGAAACUGGAGGAGAUUGUCACAGCCACUCUGGUAGCCAAUGGUAUAACAACUGACCACUCUCUUUAUACGUCCUGCAAGACACGGCUUUAUAAACUGACUAAGAUGUACGUCAUGGAUCUAACUACUUCAAGAAAUCUGAAGGAAGAAAUGAAGAAAAUUGCAGAAGAUCACGUGAAACAGGUCAUCAGUUUUGAGACAAAAAGAAUAGACCCUUCAGCUUCAUGAUAACAGCUAGCCAAUCCUGAAUCAUGGCACAGUGUGUGGUACAAGAAGCUCAGGAAUGACUUUUGGCAGAUUAUUCAAUGAAAAAUAAGUGUGUAAUAAUAAACUGUGCAAUGACUCCAGUUACUGAGUCUGACUGAAUUUGUACAACUUUGAGAUAACCAAGGUAGAGCUCACUGGGUGUGUAAUCUUGACUU